UAAUCUAUUUAUUAAUAUAAUUAUUAUUAUUAUUAUUGUUAUUGUUAUUAUUAUUGUUUGAAGGUCCAAACAUUCACACAAUAAGAUUCUACACCUACAAAUCAUCUAUUCAUUAUUAUGAUUUAUAUUAUUUUUAUUAUUGUUUUUAUUAUUAUUAUUAUUAUUAUUGUGUGAAUGUCCAAACGUUCCCCAUAAUAAGAUUCUAUACCUACAAAUCAUCUAUUUAUUAUUAUUAUUAUGAUUUAUAUUAUUUUUAUUAUUAUUAUUAUUAUUGUGUGAAUGUCCAAACAUUCCCCAUAAUGAGAUUCUAUACCUAACUAUCCAUCCAUCCAUCCAUUUUCUACCGCUUAAUCCCUUCGGGGUCGCGGGGGGCGCUGGAGCCUAUCUCAGCUACAAUCGGGCGGAAGGCGGGGUACACCCUGGACAAGUCGCUACCUCAUCGCAGGGCCAACACAAACUAUCAUCUAUUUAUUAAUAUUCUGCCGCAAAAGUUUGGCGCGCUCCCCAGCCCACAGUUUGCAUCCAAUCAGAAUCGACCGGAAAAUGGGAGCUCCCCCAAAUAUCCAGGAUUACCCAGAAUUCCCGGUUUUCCAAAGCCCUAUUUUCACCUCUUCCUGGAAAGUUUUCACAGUCCACAUUUUUCAACCGUUUUUGAACAUUCUACCUUGAAAACAUUCCUCUUAAUUGGGACGACAAAAGUUUUUCGUUAUUUUCAUAAACAUUUCCAUUUUUCCUGAAAUUCCAAGAAUUCCGAAAUACCAAAUAAAAUUAAAACUGUUGUUACAUCAAUAUUAUUUCAACCGUUUGGAAAAAUUCCAACACCAAUCCAUUCAUAUCAUUUAGGACAAUAGGGGUAUUAAGUAUAUUUUCAAACUUUCACGGUUUACCCAAAAUUCCCAAAUGUCCAGGAAAUUCCCAUUCAAAUGAAAGAACGUAUUGAUAGUUCCACCAUGCCCAAAAUGUUUCACCAUUUUUUUACCCAAUUCUGACCUUCCGACCAUCAACCCACACUGUUGUUCACAUAUAUCCAUCGCAAAAUUGUUCCUUUCUCAAAAUUCCCGGGAUUUCCGUUAAUUUUCUCCCCAUUGACAAUGAAUGGGAAAUAUACGAUCAUCUGCAUGUCCCACAUUUCUGUUCCAACAUCCACACACUCCACUCACCCUGGACAUUCAAGCCACCAGGUUUCCUUUUUCAGAAAAUUCCCUGAUUACCCGUAAUUACCAGGAAUUUCCUCCCCCCUUUGAAAUGAAUGGGCAAUAUACAAACAUCGUCAUAUCCCACAUUUCUUCAGCGAUUUGAACCGUUCUAACAUGCACUCACUACACUCACCUUGGACAUUCAAGGAUUCAAAUAAUGUAGUUGUUGUUAUUUUUAUGAACUGUGGCAAAUAAAGAGGAGCAAAAAAUAUGUUUUCUUCAAAUGUAACGUUUCUCUGAUUCUAAUCCCUCAGCUAUCAAGGCAGAAAGGAAAUGUCCACACUAGCACGGAAAACAAUGUCAACAAAAUAGUCAAAUGACAUUGAAAUGUGAGGUGCAAAAAUGAGGAAUAUGUGUGUGAGAAUGUAAUGUGUGAAUGCUGCUGUCAGGGUGAAGAUGCUGAAGUGAUGUUUUUACAGUUGAGGAUGAGUAUGGAGGAUUAUGACUACUUGUUCAAAAUCGUUCUGAUCGGGAACGCCGGAGUUGGGAAGACAUGUCUCGUACGCCGCUUCACUCAGGGCCUUUUCCCGCCCGGUCAAGGAGCCACCAUCGGCGUGGACUUCAUGAUUAAGACGGUGGAAAUCCGAGGGCAGAAGGUCAAGCUGCAGAUCUGGGACACGGCGGGACAGGAGAGGUUCCGCUCCAUCACACAGAGCUAUUACCGCAGUGCCAACGCCCUCAUUCUCACCUACGACAUUACCUGCGAGGACUCCUUCAGGUGCCUUCCCGAGUGGCUGCGGGAGAUCGAGCAGUACGCCAACAACCAGGUGGUGACUAUAUUAGUCGGCAACAAGAUCGACCUGGCGGAGAAGAGGGAGGUCCAGCAGCAGCGGGCCCAGGACUUUGCCGAGGCCCAGGGCAUGGUCUACCUGGAGACGUCGGCCAAGGAGUCGGACAACGUGGAGAAGCUCUUCCUAGACCUGGCCUGCCAGCUGAUCCGCGAGGCCAAGCGGAACAAGCUGGACAACACGGACUCUGCCCCCAUGCCCGGCGAGGGCAAGACCAUCAGCUACCUGAGCUGCUGCAGCCUGGUGUAGGGCCCCGACUGGAGGGGGGCCCCUCACCGUCCUUUCCAUGGUUCCCUCAUGCCUUCUUCCAGGCCUCCUUCCCCUCUGGGAAUCCACGCAGGGCCUGUCGUCAUGGCAACACGGCCACGCCCACGUCACCAGCAGUGUGAGUGACCCAGGAAUGUUUUCUUUGCACUAGUGAUGUGCGAUACUGCAUCUUUGUGCGCUGAUAUCAUUCUCCAAUUACUUCUAAGGGCCCAUACUGAGGGGGCCAUGAUGAUAUCUUUUUUUUUUUAGGAAAAAUGCUAAAAACAGAUUAUCAGCUGAGUAUUAUUGAUUUUAAUGCUACUUAUUAGAACAUUUGUCUCAUACCAAUUUUUUUAACCUUUUUUUAAACUGUUGAACAAUAUUUAUUAUUUAGUUUUUUUCAUUAAUUAAUAAGUUUUUUGUUUUUUUUAACUAACUGAUUUUGGUUCAUCUUUAAGUAUACUUCAUCUUUUAUUUUGAGAGCUAAUAUUUCAGACUAGGGGUGUUCAAACUUUUUCCACCAACACUAAAAAGUUUUUAUUUAAAAAAAAAAACAACAUUAUAUAUUUGAAGACAAAACGUGUAUAAGGUGACUAAGUAUAUUUUUAAUAUUAAUUAUUAGAACAUUUUUCUCAUUACAUAUCUAAUUUUUGUACCUUCUUUUUAACCGUUGAACAAUAUAUAUUUUUUAAAUUAAUUCAUAAGUUUAUUUUAUUUUUUAUUAACUGAUUUUUGUUCAUCUUUAAGUAUUUUUUAAAUUAUUUUUUUGUUUUAAAAACAACAUUAUACAGUUAAAAACAUAACUUGUUAAAGGUGACUAAGUAUAUUGUUAUUAGUUUAAAAAUGUCAUCUUUUUCUCAUUACAUACCAAUUCAAAAAAAAUGUUUAAUUGUUGAACAACAUUUAUUAUUGUUUUUUAAAAAUUAAUUCAUAAGUUGUUUUUUUAAUUAACUAACUGAUUUUUGUUCAUCUUUAAGUAUAUUUUAUAGUUAUUUUGAGAGCUGAUAUUUUAGACCAGGCGUGUCUAAACAUUUUCCACUAAAACGUUUUUAUAAAAAAAAAAAAAAAAUUAAUUAAAAGACAAAACGUGUUAAAGGUGACUAAGUAUAUUAUUAUUAUUAUUAUUAUUAUUAGUUUAAAAUGUAAAAUUUUUUCUCAUUACAUUCCGAUUUUUUGCCUCUUUUUACUUACAUUUUUACAGUGUUUUUUAUUUGUAUUUUUCGAUUAAAAAGUUAUUUGAAAACACAACUUUUGACAUUUUCAGUAUAUUUUCACCAAGUAACGGUAUCGGCUGGGUAUCGCCGAUAGCAGCCUGAAUGAGACUGGGCAUGGGAAAGUGGUAUCGCACAUCACUACUAAUUGUUUGUCCUUCUUCAAACUGUGAAACCUUGGACUCCUCCUUGCUGCUAUGGUGUCUUCUUGUGUUGAAGCAACUGCAUCAGUAUUUGGCCUUCUCGCACUCCUACCAGUCAACUAAUAUUUUUAUGAGAAGCUGUUUUCAUUUACCGACAUGAAUAUUCACCUCGUUAAGUUCUUUCAUAUGCUUUUAUUGUGAAAAACCUCUGCAUUGCAUGUUUUGCCAUGUAGUGAUGAUAUAUUGAUCAUAACGUACUGUAUUGCACAAUGCCGUUUACUGCACACUUUGUUUUACUGUAACAUGUUUCUCGUACUCUUAGCACUUUUGUUUUGCUUUUAUAUUUAGAUUUUUAAAAAUGGCAGAUGUUUUUGUUUUGCUUUCUUACUUCGAAGUGGCAGCAGUUGCUUGUUUCCGGCUAACGCGAUAGGAAAACACUACAAGGGUGUUGCUUUCAUUCCUUACAUUUUGUGUACAAAAGUGUAUAAUAUUAAAUAAUACUACUAAAUGUAUUUUCUCU